GGCUUACAAAACUAGGUCUGCUUGAUACGUCAGUUCGGCUAGAGGUUUGGGAAAAAAUGUCGACGUUUGGGUUUCAUUCUGGGAUGACUUUGAAAGCUCUAUUGGAAAAUCCCAACUUGCAGAAUCCUCUGCUCAGUUUCAACGAUUCUGAAAAGAAAGAUGGGAAAGAAUCUCCACGCAUUGACAUGGGUUCUGCAUUCCUGGGGCCAAACCUGUGGGAAAAGACCUACGAUAUGGAUGACUUCAAGCUGGAGUACAUGGACUUGGAUGAGUUCCUGUCCGAGAACGGCCUGCCUAUAGCGACUGACGACGCAAGCAACCAUUCUCAGCGGAGCAGUGGAAGCAAUAGUAGUCUUGGGAGAGGCCAGCAAGGACUACGGCUGGAGAUGCCCAGCCCUUCGCAAGGUCCCCCACCAGAAGCACCCACUACUCCUCCUGCUAGGUGUAGUCCCCCUUCCAGUCCAGCCUUGCAGCCGAGUUCUGAACAGGAUGCUGGUAGUUCACCGGUUGAAGACAAACUGGGUGUGAGCAUUGAUUUUGAGGUGGGCCCUCAGGAUUUGGCUCUUGUCACUAUCCCAGGUGAGGCAGAAUUUGAUCCCAGAAAGCACAAAUUCACAGAUGACGAUCUAAAGCCUCAGCCCAUGAUAAAGAAGUCCAAAAAGGUGUUUGUGCCAGACAGUGCUAAAGAUGACCGUUAUUGGUGCAGGAGGAAGAAGAACAAUGUGGCAGCAAAACGUUCACGCGAUGCACGGCGCAUAAAGGAGAAUCAAAUCGCCAUGCGUGCCUCGUAUCUGGAGCGAGAAAACACCUCAAUUAAAGAAGAGGUGGAGAAACUUAGAAGGGAGAACAUCCGCUUAAAGGCUGCCCUGAGCAAAUAUGAGAAGCAGUCUUGAAGUGUUAGAUAAGAUGAUAAAGCCUGUUUACUCCUUCCUGGGUAGCGUUCAACACAGUGUUGAUUGCAUGACAAAGCAUUUUCGUCUCCCUAUAUUUCAUUCGUUGUUGUUUUCCUUUAUUUGUUAUUUUGAUCAUUUUGUCAGAUGUAAAUAGAACUGCCUCUGCACAAAGUUCACAGUUUAUCUUCCACACCCAGGACAGCGGUUGUCUGCCUUUAUCCUGGCAACCCUGGGUAGCAGUUCUGCAGGUUGCCCUAAAACCCACUCUUCCAUUUUGUCAUUUUAACCAUUUCAUCCCUCUAAUUUCAUCUCUUAAUCAUGGUGAUGAAUGGCUUUUCAUGCAGAAAAGACAAAACUCCAGUAAGGAUAUACUUAAUGAAACAUUUGCAUAAAGUACAUGUAUUAAAAAACAGCAUAAGAUUUCAUGUUUAGCAUAUAUUGAUGGAUACAUCUGUGAUGGGCUUUAGCUUCUUGGACGAAUUGCCAGAGCUGUUUCUCCAUGAUACUGGUUUAUACCUGUGCAAGUGUUCGACCAAACAGUUCACCAGUGGAAGUCGUUGUUAUGUGCAACUUUUUCACAGUUGGCUUUCUAGAUGAAUUCUGCCGAAUUCGUGAUAUGUUGCUUAUUAAGUUUGUUAUAUCCAAGCAUUUUCAUUGUGAAUUAAGGAGCAAGCUUUGUUCUGGUGGUCUGAAAGACAGAUCUGUAAUUAACAUGAUGUUAGGAAAGAGAAUCUUGGGGUUUGACCUUGUGGUUAUUGAUCCAUUUUGGUUGACGGCUAUAUAAAUGUCUGUAGAAAUCAUGGUUCAUUGUUUAGGUGAUGUCAGAUUCGAAUAAAUCUGCAUGCGUCACAAGAACCAUUAUUGUAAGUUUCCACUCCUUGGACACUUUGUGAGGUGCAGGUGUAUUUUUCAUGAUGCCUAAAUAAGUUGGAAAUGUCUUAAGACUGGAAUGAUACCCCAAAUAGUUCUUAACAUUGGGCAUGAUGGUUUACUCUUUGUUGUUUCCAAUCAUGAUUGUCGUAAUACUGCUCUACAUUUGGUCAUUUUACUUGUGUUAAGCCUUGUUUUACCAAGGAAAGUGCAUUUAGAAUCAUGGUGCCUGAUAUUCAUAUCUAUUGUAAUGGCUUCCAUGUAUUGUACCAUGAAGUUGAUAUGAUAGUACCAUAAAGCUGACGGGGACAUCUUGUUAGCUUUACUACCACUGGACUCCGACAGUAGUUCUGGUAAAUUAAGGAAUUCUGGUAAUUAUGAAUUCACCUUCAUUGACCCAUGGUCUCCCUGUUGCACAAGUGAAGUUGUGUAAACGAUGUUGUUAGUUAAUGCAUUCUGUAUGGGUUGUGAUAAGUACAGGCUGGCAUAUUAUUCUUAGGUCAUUGUUGUUCUGUGUACAAAGUUAAAUGUAGAUCUGUCAUUGUAAGUGGUUUGUUUUUGCCUAAUUGAAGUUUAAUCGGAAGUACUUUCGUCAAAGAAUGUUGUAUUAAAGCAACAGAUAGCUGUUAAUGUAGUAUUCUUUGAUUGUAUUAGUCAAGGCUGUGAUUGUUGGUAAAGUUUACAGACCAAUAAAAUUGCACAAUCAAGAAAA